AUGUCUUACCAGCAGCAGCAGUGCAAGCAGCCCUGCCUGCCACCUCCUGUGUUCAUACCUAAGUGCCCUGUGCCUUGCCCACCACCAAAGUGCCCUGAGCCGUGCCCACCUCCUAAGUGUCCUGAGCCUUGCUCACCUCCGAGGUGUCCUGAGCCUUGCCCACCUCUGAAGUGUCCUGAGCCUUGCCCACCUCCUCCAUGCCCACCUGUGCCGUGCCCACUUCCACUAUGCGAGCAGAAAUGCCCUCCUGUGCAACCGUGCCCACCCUGCCAGCAGAAGUGUCCACCCAAGUGGAAGUAA